AAAAUAACUCAUAAAACCCGCGCAACGAGCCCAGAUCGUCAAACAGAAGAACUAGGGGUAGGGUACCCAAGAGUAGGAGAAGAAGAAGAAGAAGAAGAAGAAGGAAAAAGGUCAUCAAGGAGAGCAAGAUAGGAUGGCGUCGACCAAAGAGGGGCCGGAUCCAAUUGAUUCAGUGGGAACCUUGGCUAAUCCAACAACUGAUCCUUCAGAGAAAUCUCCUAGUUCUGAGAUGAAAGCACAGCCUCUAUCCCCUAAAAUUGAUAAAAUGGUUCCUGCUACAAGCAGCAGGGAUUCAUCAAAGAAUGCUCAAUGUCAAUUGGGAUCUUUCAAUGCAAGUGGAGAUAGUCGUGGUGCUUAUACACCUAAUUUAUAUGCUCCACAGGCACAAGCAUUUUGCUACACAGGAUAUGACAAUCCUUCUAGUGAGUGGGAAGAAUAUUCUCGCUACCUCAAUAUUGAAGGCAUGGAAGUUGGAUCAACUGGUGCAUACAAUGAGAAUCCAUCGCUCAUGUUCCAUACAGCUUUUGGGUACAGUCCUCAGAUGCCCUAUGGACCAUAUUCACCAGUUACAACUCCUCUGCCUUCCUCUGCUGGACAUGGCCAGCCAUACUCCCCUCAGCAAUUUUCUUUUACAAGUCCUUAUUAUCAGCAACCAGUUCCCCAUAGCUUGCCUUAUAUGGCUACACCAGUUCCAGUAUCUCAAGCUGAUCUGCCAAUAGCAGUUGACACACAAGGUGCUUUUCUUGGUGAUACCUUGAAUUCAAACAAUAUGCUAUUUGGACCAAGACCUAGUCCGAGUUUAACUCAUGGUCCCUUUGGUAGAGGAAGCUUUGUUGGCAAUUCUGGUAAUCAUGGUUUCUAUGAUAUGCGGCAAGCAUAUGAAGGAGUUGGGUCUGACUGGCUGAGAUCACCAGAAGGUUCCGGAUCCUUGACUCCUUUGCCUUCACCAGUAGCUUCACCCCAACCGAUUGCGCCACUUGGGUCAUUUGAGCAAAGCGUUGCACCUUUAGCUUCUGGCAUGGGUUCUCGUCAGCAUAGGGCCUCAUAUGGUUCUGUGUCCCCAAUUGGUGCCUACAAUAGAGGUCACCCACAUUGUGGGAUGUACCAGAGCAGUAACUUCGGAGUAUUUAUGCCUGGACUGGAAACACAUAACCGGAAUUUGCUAGCAUUUGAGAAAGGCAGGCGGCGAGGAAGGGGGAAUGCAUCUUUAUGUAGUUGCAAUGGUGCACUUGACUUUCUCAAUGAGCAAAACCGAGGGCCCCGAGCUACACGACCAAAGAAUCCGAUCACAGAACAGAGUGCAUCACUUGAAAGUAAAAAAGAAAAUACUGCAGCUCCUGAUCAUCAGUUAUAUAACAGGCCAGACUUUGUCACUGAAUACAAGGAUGCAAAGUUCUUCAUAAUUAAAUCCUACAGUGAGGAUAAUGUCCAUAAGAGUAUCAAAUAUAAUGUCUGGGCGAGCACAGCCAAUGGGAACAAGAAGUUAGACUCUGCCUACCAUGAUGCCAAAGAGCAAGGAGUUCCAUGUCCAAUUUUUUUAUUUUUCUCGGUAAAUGCCAGUGCGCAGUUCUGUGGUGUUGCUGAGAUGAUUGGGCCUGUUGACUUUGAGAAAAGUGUUGAUUAUUGGCAGCAGGACAAGUGGAGUGGUCAAUUCCCUGUUAAGUGGCACAUUAUUAAAGAUAUUCCCAACAAUCUAUUUCGCCAUAUAAUUCUCGAGAACAAUGAAAACAAGCCUGUGACCAACAGCAGGGACACCCAAGAGGUAAAAUUGGAACAGGGUCUAGAGAUGCUAAACCUCUUCAAGGACUAUGAAUCUGAAAUGUCAAUCCUUGAUGACUUUGAUUUCUAUGAGGAUCGGGAAAAAGCUAUGCAAGACAGAAAGGCCAAGCAGCAGCAGCAGUCCAAUCCAGCAGGUGCUAGUGCUACUGUUGUAAUGCCAGUUGGAGAUGUUCACUGCAUUCCGGUGCCCAUUUCUGGUGACUAUAUAAAUCGAAUGUCAAAGAGCUUUGCGCAGGCUGUUCGGUUGGAAGGAAGUAACGUGGAGAACCCACCAUCUGAUAAAAGUAGUUUGGGUCCUCCCGUUGGAAUGUCUGAAUAGGUGAAGAAAUCCGGAACUGCAGGUUUGAGGCAUAAGACCAACAUAUGAAGGAAACCAAGAUAAGAGUGACAUUGAAGGAAACGUUUAGUCUCCUUUGCCAGGGCUUCUGGAAUCUGCAUUGCUACUGUUGCGCUUUGUACAGUAUAUAGGCCUUCUGUGGAGCUCGUGCUGUAUUUUUAAUUUUAUUUUCUUUGCUGUCUUCUUUGCUUUUAUGUUCAUUUUUUUUUUCUAGCUUUUUAUCUGAGUUGCUAUUUUAUGUGCUGAGUCUUUGUAAAGGUUCUAGUUAUGAUGGCAGGUGAAUAAGCUGUUUGUUUCUUGGGUAAUUUUUUCGCCCAUCAAGUCUGGGACCUCUUAUUUUCCACUCUUAAUAAGCUUUGGUUUUGUUA